UCCACGAGAAGUCAAAAGGCGUUUUGUCAGAAGGCAUAUACAUAUAUAUCAGGCGGUAAGGCAAGCACAUUGGCUUGCUGGCAUCCAACAACAUCGUCAACAUCGCCAACUUCAUCAACCUCGCCAACACUCUAGCUCCCUUCGUUGUUCUUGCUUAAUUUCUCUGUCGAGUCUAUAUAAAUAGCUCAUUUUGCUACUUUCUCAUUUGACUCUCUUUCCCCCUCCUCCCGGUCGACUUUGACCGCACGUGCCCAACUACCUACGGUUGGCAUCCGUCAGGCUUCAUCUCGCCUCUUCUUCUUUCUCUUUCUCUUCUUUCCCCCCAGAUUUCUCUUCUUAGCUCUCACAACCAUGUGUAUCGCUUUAAUAUCAACAGCCCACCCGUCUUAUCGAUUGAUUGUCAUUGACAAUAGGGAUGAAUACCUCCGUCGUCCAACAGCCCCUGUAGAAUGGUGGCCCUCGCCUCACUCCGGCAUCCUCGGAGGUCGUGAUCUUGCCCGUGCCACCCAAGGUACUUGGAUGGGAGUCACGAAAUCUGGCAAGAUUGCCGUGCUCACCAACUACCGCGAAAGCACCUCCGACCCAGCAACGGGCCAACAAAGCCGCGGUGCGAUUGUCAACAACUGGCUCACCCGGCCUGACGACAGCCCAACACUCUCCCACGUUGAGGAAAUGGUCGACAGCCCCACAGCCCGCAAUGUAGGCGGCUUCAGCUUAGUCUGCGGUUACGUCCAUGAACCGCUGGCAAUUGUGUCCAAUCGCUCCUCGACACUCGACCAGGUCACCUGGAUCGCGACGGAGCAUGGCCAAACGAAAGGCCUCAGCAAUACGGUCUUCGAUGACCGCUCGUGGCCCAAGAUUCUUGAAGGAGAGAAGCUCGUUGACCAGGCGAUUUCGGCCCACGUUCAAAACGACGAGGACGAAGACGCGCUCAUCCACCGUCUCCUAGACCUGCUUUGCACCGAUUCGCUCCCGCAAUUGUCGGAUGACGCAACAGCGGAGGAUUACCUUCCUUACUUCCGACAGAGUAUUUUUAUUCCGCUCAUCGGCACACAAGAGAGCCUGAAAGCCCCUGGACCCGAGACCUCGAUGACGUCAGGGUCCUCACUCUGUAAAGAGGCUCCCGGACAAGGUCAUGGUGAAGGUGCAGGUGCGGGCUCUGAUCUUCUCGACAAGUCAUUCCUAAACGGCCCGUACGGCACGCAAAAGCAAACGGUCAUUCUUGUAGGCAUCGAUGACCGGGUGAGGUACUUUGAGCGCAGUUUAUAUGAUCGUGACGCCAAUCCUGUUGCUGCCGGUCAGGGAGACAAGUCCUUCGAGUUCUACGUUAAGUCGUGACUAGAGUUUUGAUUUUUCCUCAUGAGUACCCAAACUCUCUCACAUAUAGAUGAUGAUGAUGAUGAUGAUGAUGAUGAUGAUGAUGAUGUACACAUUAUAUCCCGGCUUAUGAAUUCCCGCGAGUGCAGAAUGCAUUCAUUAACGAUUGAUUAUGAUGGUGAUUAAAGCAGAAACCGACAUAGGUAGUUUAGUUGCUUUCGAAAUCUAACCC